AUGGUGCGCAAGGAGCCGCGAGCAACCAAGGAGAAGCUGACCUCAGGAUCCAUGCGCCUCGAAGCCUUCAAACAGACCAGGCUCUGCAAAUUCCACGUGGCUGGAAAUUGUGUCCGUGGAACUUCAUGCAAUUUUGCCCACAGCAUUGACCAGAUUCGUGAUCAGCCGGACUUUUCCAAGACACGCCUGUGCGCAGAUUAUUUGCAGUCACAGUGGUGCCGGGAUGGGCAGUACUGCAAAUUCGCGCAUGGAGAGCAUGAACUGCGUCCACAUCCAUCGGUCAAACACAAGGACCAGAAGUCCAAAACCCAACCUGAGGAGAAACCCUUGGCAUGGUAUGCAGAUGACGUCAAUGAGGGGUGCGAGGGAUGGUACUUCAUUCCUGAUGGCAUGGAUGCGAUGAUGUAUCCGUGGUAUCCUGGCUACCCCCUCAUGGAUUACCCCCUCGUUCAUGAUGAGUAUGGAUGGGAUACGACAAGCCAGCAAAGCACGGACUGGGCUGAGUGGAACACCACCUCCAGCAACAAUAGCACUAUUUGCAUGGAGAGCCCCAUCGAGAGCCCGAUCGAGAGCCCGGUCCAAAGUCCCGAGGUGGUAGUGCCUUCUCUUCCUGAUGAGCCUCUCCUACUGGAUGCCUUUUGUACAACAACCCAGUUCCAAGAUGAGUCGCCGCAGCUCAAAGUCAAGAACACAUUCUUGCACAUUGACAUUGAAGACGACGACUGUGACCUGGAGGAGACGCCACCGGCUUCCGCUUCGCUGCGACGCUCCCCGAGUGCCCCCGGUCGCCUGAUGGCGCUGUUCUUGGGGGAAGAGGAUGACUGA